AUGCCCGAAGAUCUCACAAACUACCUCGCCUCGCGAUAUCUCGUUGCAGACACCAAGCCCAGCAAGAAGCGCAAGCGCAAGCAGGCACCAGCCGCGUCCGGGCUGCUGAUCACCGACGACGACGAUGGAUCAUGGGGCAGCAAAUCAGGUGCUGCCCAAGACGACGACGCCGAUGGCCCCGUGACUGUAACAGGGAGAAGCUCGGAGUUUCGCAAAGCCAAAAAGAGCAACUGGAAGGCCGUGGGCGAUAAUGGCGAGGCAAGCAAGGACGACAGCGCGGAGGCCGAUGCCAUUCUCGCGGCUGCUGCGGCAGAACAGGACGCCGCGCGCGAGAAAGAAGACGAGAUGCCCGUGGUGGAUGACUCGAGCGUGGUCAAGAUGAGCGACGGGACACACGCAGGGCUGCAGAGCGGCGCCGCCGUCUCAGCACAGCUUAAGCGACGUCAGCGCGAGGAGCGAGAAGAGUUCGAGCGCCACCAAAAGAACGGCAAAGAGGCGGAAACAGUCUAUCGUGACGCGACGGGCCGAAGAAUAGACAUCUCCAUGAAGCGUGCAGAGGCGCGUCGAGCAGCCGUGGAAGCGGAGGAGAAGGAACGUCAAGCCUUGGAAGACUUGAAGGGUGACGUCCAGCUAGAAGCAGCAAGAAAAAGGAGGGAGCAGCUGGAGGACGCAAAGACUAUGGCUUUCGCAAGGAGGGCCGACGAUAAGGAGAUGAAUGACGAGCUCAAGGAGCAGGAAAGGUGGAACGACCCCAUGAUGCAAUUCAUGACAGAGAAGAAGAGCACCAAGCCCAAGGGCAAGUCAAAACACCGACCCAUUUACCAAGGGGGCGCACCUCCAAACCGGUACGGGAUCAAGCCCGGUUACCGGUGGGAUGGGGUCGACCGAAGCAAUGGCUUCGAGGCCGAGAGAUUCAGGGCAAUCAAUAGGCGUGAGAUGAACAAGGGGCUGGAGUAUUCAUGGCAAAUGGACGAAUAA